AUGUUUCGAUCUAGAAUUUUUCGCUCGUUAUCAGAUGCAGCUCGUCUUCGAGUUGAAGCAUUCGACCGUUCAAUUGUUAAUGCAAAUGAUAAGAUGCAAGAAGCGGCGAUGGAAAUUUUUGGCAAUCAAGAGACAACACUCGAUUAUUUGCUAAAGCGGGCGGAGGAAAAUCGCGAAAAAACCAGUUUGAUUUUUGAUAAUGAUGAAUUUUCAAGAGGCUGGAUUGCAGAUAAACUUAAUCAAACUUCUCGUCUCGUAAAAACGCUUGAGCUUGAAGACGAAGAUGUGAUUGCUUACCUCAGCUUUAACUCGGAAGAUUUCAUCCCAACAGUUAGUGGCAUAAGUGCCGGUGGAGCAAUUCCAGCACUAAUCAACACUUCGAUGAAAGGUUCUGCUUUGAAGCAUUCAAUAGAGCUCACAAAUGCUAAGUACGUCAUUGUCGGAGGCGACCCUGUUCAUCACGAAGCACUUGAGAGUCUGAACCUGAGAAUUCCAAUAAUUUCAAAAACGAAAAAUUACGGGCUUGGCCUGCUUGAUGAUCUGCGAAAUAAGGAGAGCACUGAUAGAAUUGAACACCAGGAUAUAGGACCAAUGGAUAUCUUUACCCUAAUUUUUACAUCUGGAACGACCGGUUUACCAAAAGCUGCAGUAAAGAAACAUUUUCAACCCACCUUAUCCUGCCAUGCAGGACGCGUCUUCUACAACUACAACGAGGAUAAAAUGUUGCAAAAUGACUUGCCUUUAUUCCAUUUUUCUGGCCUCCUGAAUUGCAUCGUCGCCAUGUCAAACGGCUCUAAAGUUUGCUUGUCUUCUAAGUUCUCUCCAUCGGAAGCAGUGAAGACCUUCACUGAAAACUACCCGAUCACUCACAUGAUGUAUAUUGGUGAAACUAUCAGAUACAUAAACAACACUGAGCCAAAAGCAACUGAUCAGAAUCAUCAGCUAGAGCUUUGUCUUGGAAAUGGUUUGGAUCGGCGUGAGUGGACUAAAUUCAACGAUCGCUUUGGUGAUCACAUCUGGAUGGCAGAAGUCUACGGUGCUACCGAGCUUCCUUUUAUUUUGACUACUACUCUAGGGGAUGAUGGAAAACCUUUCGUAAGAAACGGUGCAAUCAGUCGAUUGACACCAACUUUUCAAGAAUUGAACGGUCUUAAAUUGGUGAAGAAGGAUCCUAACGAUGAAGGCUUCUUGAGGGAUGAAAAUGGACAUUUGGUGGAAGUUGGCUUCAACGAGCCGGGUAUUUUGAUCAUGAGAGUCUCUGAAAUCUACCAAUACUCUGGAUAUUUCAACGACGAAAAGAAAACUUCUGAAAAAGUCAUUGACGAUCCAUUCGGCGACGGCGAGGUUUGGGUCGACUCAGGUGACAUGCUUGAAAUCAACGAAGAAUACGAGUUGUUCUUUUGCGAUCGGCUUGGCGACACAUAUCGUUGGAAAGGCGAGAAUGUUUCAGCGGCAGAAGUUGAACGUGUGGUCUUGGAAUCAGGAGAGUUCACGGAAGCAGUUGCCUACGGAGUAAAGGUAAAGGGAAAUGAAGGGAGAAUGGGGGUAAUUGCUGGAAAAUGUAAUGAGAUGACCAUCGAAAAAAUUCAAAAAGUCGCGAAAAAAUGUCAAGCUAAGGUCAAUAAUUUUUUAUAG